CACUGGAGAAGAAAAAACCGCUGCUCGCCUGAACAGCUUUAGCCCCUCGGUUUAUAAAAAUAAAAGCACGUUAUUGUGUUUGGCUCUGAGGAUUUAAAACCCUGAGAAGCAUACAACUGUGUGUCAUCAGCAUAACAGUGGAAGCUAAUAUCAUGCUUGUGGAUAACAUUACCCAGAGGUGUGUGAAGACAUGAACACAGAGACAUCCAAAGAUGGAGGGACGUCAGAAGUCCGUGUGAAGAAAGAGGAGACGCUGGAGCUGAAUAUCUCCAACCAUGGAGAUGACCUUGACAACCCACCUGAAUGUCUUUCCAUUAACAUGGAAGAUCAUGACAAUAAAGACCACCUCUACUGUGAAGUUUGCAAAUCCUUCUUCUUCAACAAAUGUGAGGUUCAUGGACUGCCCCUCUUCAUCCCCGAUACUCCUGUUCCCAUGGGAGUCUCUGACCGAGCCAGACAAACUCUUCCUCCUGGGCUAGAAAUCAAGAAGUCCAGUAUUCCUGACGCAGGCCUGGGAGUGUUUAAUAAGGGGGAGACGAUUCCAGUAGGUGCACACUUUGGACCCUACCAGGGAGAGCUGGUAAACCAAGAGGAAGCCAGGAAAAGUGGAGACUCCUGGGUUAUAUACAGGAGCAUACAGUGUGAAAAAUACAUCGACACCAAAAGAGAGAUGCAUGUGAAUUGGAUGAGGUAUGUGAAUUGUGCCCAUAAUAAUAAAGAACAGAAUCUUGUGGCAUUUCAGUAUCGAGGGGGAAUUCUGUAUCGUUGCUGUCGACCCAUUAACCCAGGACAGGAGCUCUUGGUGUGGUAUGAAGAGGAGGGCACCAAAGAACUCAGUCCUGCACCUACAGGAACAACCAGACAGAAAGAAGUAAAGAACACUUUGCUGCAAGUCUUUUCCUGCUCCACAUGUCCUCGUUCCUGUGCAUCUCAAAGUAGCCUUGACCAGUGCAUCCAGAGAUACCACGAUGAAGAGUCUGUGAGACUUCAGGAAUCAAGAGAGAUUAAAUAUGAACUUCAAAUCCCCUCCAAAUGCUCCAGUAGUCAGCCAACAUCAACUGAUGCUUUCAGUUCUGACACUUCUCAUAAUGAUGUAGAGAAGGAAAUUCACCACAGCUCAGACUGUGUCAAAAGUUUUGGUCAUCAGAAUGCACUCUCAUGGAACCAGUGCAGUCACAAAGGAGUAAAGCCACAUGACUGCUCACAGUGUGGGAAGAGUUUUACUGAACAGAGUGCUCUCCAACGACACCAGCACAUUAACACAGGAGAGAAGCCGUAUCACUGCUCACAGUGUGGAAAGAGUUUUACUCGUCAGAGUGCUCUCCAAACACACCAGCACAUUCACACAGGAGAGAAGCUGUAUCACUGCUCACAGUGUGGGAAGAGUUUUACUCAGCAGAGUACUCUCCAACAACACCAGCGCAUUCACACAGGAGAGAAGCCGUAUCACUGCUCACAGUGUGGGAAGAGUUUUACUCAUCAGAGAGAUCUCCAAACACACCAGCGUAUUCACACAGGAGAGAAGCCGCAUCACUGCUCACAGUGUGGGAAGAGUUUUACUCAGCAGAGUGCUCUCCAACGACACCAACGCAUUCACACAGGAGAGAAGCCGUAUCACUGCUCACAGUGUGGAAAGAGUUUUACUCAUCAGAGAGAUCUCCAACGACACCAGCGCAUUCACACAGGAGAGAAGCCGUAUCACUGCUCACAGUGUGGAAAGAGUUUUACUCAUCAGAGAGAUCUCCAACGACACCAGCGCAUUCACACAGGAGAGAAGCCGUAUCACUGCUCACAAUGUGGGAAGAGUUUUACUCGUCAGAGUCAUCUCCAAACACACCAGCGCAUUCACACAGGAGAGAAGCCGUUUCACUGCUCACAGUGUGGGAAGAGUUUUACUCAGCAGAGUGCUCUCCAAAAACACCAGCGCAUUCACACAGGAGAGAAGCCGUAUCACUGCUCACAGUGUGGGAAGAGUUUUACUCAGCAGAGUCAUCUCCAAAAACACCAGCGCAGUCACACAGGAGUGAAGCCGUAUCACUGCUCACAGUGUGGGAAGAGUUUUACUCAGCAGAGUACUCUCCGACUACACCAGCGCAUUCACACAGGAGAGAAGCCGUUUCACUGCUCACAGUGUGGAAAGAGUUUUACUUGUCAGAGUGAUCUCCAAAAACACCAGCGCAUUCACACAGGAGAGAAGCCGUAUCACUGCCCACAGUGUGGGAAGAGUUUUACUCAUCAGAGUUCUCUCCGACUACACCAGCGCAUUCACACAGGAGAGAAGCCAUAUCACUGCUCACAGUGUGGAAAGAGUUUUACUUGUCAGAGUGAUCUCCAAAAACACCAGCGCAUUCACACAGGAGAGAAGCCGUAUCACUGCCCACAGUGUGGGAAGAGUUUUACUCAUCAGAGUACUCUCCGACUACACCAGCGCAUUCACACAGGAGAGAAGCCGUAUCACUGCUCACAGUGUGGAAAGAGUUUUACUUGUCAGAGUGAUCUCCAAAAACACCAGCGCAUUCACACAGGAGAGAAGCCGUAUCACUGCUCACAGUGUGGGAAGAGUUUUACUCGUCAGAGUGCUCUCCAAACACACCAGCGCAUUCACACAGGAGUGAAGCCGUAUCACUGCUCACAGUGUGGGAAGAGUUUUACUCGUCAGAGUGCUCUCCAAACACACCAGCACAUUCACACAGGAGAGAAGCCGUAUCGCUGCUCACAGUGUGGAAAGAGUUUUACUUGCCAGAGUGCUCUCCAAACACACCAGCGCAUUCACACAGGAGAGAAACCGUAUCACUGCUCACAGUGUGGGAAGAGUUUUACUUAUUCAGGUACAUUUAAAACCCACAAGUGCAAUAACUCCGAGACAUUGCAUGCUUUAAAGUUGUCAAAUUAAAUGUUUUUUAUUCAUGCUUUUGCUGAAAAUGUCCUGUACUUUGAUCCUAAUUGUUCAUAUUAAAGGACUACAUAUUUUAAAAAAAUCUUAGUGAUUUUUAAACAAGACUGUUAAUGUUUUCUUUUGAUCUUAUGUAGUUAUUAAGUAGUCAUUAAUUACCACCAUAUAAAUAAUGAUUCAACUGUAACACUGUCAGUGUAGUACUGUAGCAUGAGACUAAUUCUUCAUAGAAUUAUUACGGAGCAGGAGUUUAAUGUACUAUGUUUAACGGAAAUGUGGAUCAAACCAAAUGAGUAUGCCGCAUUUAAAUGAAGCUAUAUGCUUCAUUCUCAGCUAUAUGUAUCAGCUUCGUCUAACUGGUAGUGGACAAGGCGUCAUAGUUAUUUGUUAUGAUAACCUAGACAUCAUACAAAAACCUGAACAAAAUUUCAAUAUGAUUGAAGUUCUUUAUAUUAACAUGCAUAGCAAAAAAAUAAGUCUACCCAGUCAGUUCAGCUAAUUAUUUACAGAUCUGUGGUCUGUGUUCUGAAUUUCUUUCUGAAUUUGCGGAUUUCAUCUCAAACUGGUUGUUUCUUUGGACAAAAAAUGAAUUAUUGUCGACUUUAAUAUUCACUUCAUGUUAGGUUUUAUUCCUUUGUAGGAUGGAUUCUGUUCGGUUGAAAUGGCCUUCUGUCUCAGCUAGACAUUAAGAACAUUUUGCUUGUUUUGAUGUGGGAUGUGUAUUGUUGAUCAGAGAUGUGUCUGGAUAGCGCCAAGGUCUGCAAUGAUGUCAGACCCACUCUCACACACUCGCAGCUGCAUAGCCAACGUGUAUUUGGGAUUAAAAUUUAAAUUUAAAGCCAUGAUAUAAGUUGGUUUUAUAGAUAGGAUUGUGAUUUAAGAUUGGUAGAGUUAACCAGUUUCUUUAAUGUUGAAUCUGAAGUUGAAAUGAUUGAAUGUUGGAUUUAAUGUUAGAUUUAAAGCUGCAUUAAGUGAUUCAUGUUAGUUUUAUAGUUUUAAGUUAGUUUUAUAAUUACAGAAUAUAAUUUAGGAUUGUUAAGACUUUGAUUCGAAUGUUAAGACUUUAUGAUUCUAAUGUUAAGACUUUGAGUUUAAUCCUGAAUCCUGUUUGACCUUCCUCCGGUGAAGUAGCAUUUCUUUGUUUUUGCCAGACAUAUUCUUAUUUUUUCUUAUGUUUCGUAUGACUUUCUUUAAGUUUAUUCUUAUUUUUGUUUAUUUUCUUUUAACAUAUCUUUGUUUAAAAUUGUUAGACAUAUUCUUAUUUGUUAUUUUGCCUAUGAUUGUCUUACUACAUAUUGAUGAAAUCAAGAUGUAAUUUGCUGACUUAGCACAAGACACACAUUCAUGUGUUAAGAAUUUAUGAUUUUAAUAUUUUAGCUUUUCAUCCUUUAGCUUUUAGAUCCUUUAAACUAUUUCUGUUUAACUUGGCAUUAAUUUCUGAUGUAUUUGACCUUCUUUGACUAGACUUCGUAGACUAGAUAUAUUAUGUGUUUAAAAAUUCCAUCACCAUCUUAAGUACGUAUUGCCCUAUGUUAUAUCUGCCCUGAAGGGGUGUACGUAAGCAAUGACCUUUAAAAUCUGUUUGUACCUUGCUAUCAUGUCAUAUCAUCAGAAAUGUCAUUAUGUUAUGCUUGAUUCAAGAUUUAUACACACACACACUGAUGUAACCUGCCCCAGAUCAAGGUCCCCUCAAUUGCACGCAAUUGAGGAGACAAACAUAGCUGAUGUCAUAGUCUGACAUCCUACACACACACAUUUCUACGCCACAUUCCUACACGUAACACACACGCCCACACACACACAUAACAUACACGUGUUUACGUACAUGUAGACAAAACAUAAACACAGAGAUAAAUGGAUGCUAUAAAAUGUUUUCAAAAAUGUUUUCAUUUCGACGAAGGAACUGUGAAUAAACUGGCUGUGAAACCUA